AUGGCUGGUCAGAAGCCCCGGGUUUUCAUGGAUAUUUCCACGGGGUGCAAACCCCUGGGCCGGAUCAUAAUGGAGGUGAGGAGUGACUUUGUUGCAGAAAAUUUCCAUGCAUUGUGCACUGAUGAGAAAGGAUUUGGUUACAAGGGCUCCACAUUCCGCAGAAUCAUUCCCGGCUUCAUGUGCCAGGGUGGUGAUUUCACAAAGAACAGCGGCACCAGUGGGAAGUCCAUCUACAGUGAGAAGUUUGCUGAUGAGAAUUUCCUGCUGCGGCAUGGGGGGCUGGUAAAUGGAAUGCUUGAUGUGUUUGUAUCAUUCCUUUCAGUGGGUGAUUCGCGAAAGAAGGCAGCUAUCACCAUCUUGCUGCCCCCACUGCCAGCCUCACCUCUGACCUUCCAGCGCCAUGACGUGGCUGCUGCUGCUCUGGCAACGACAUGA